CUUCCCCUCUACUUCCAUCACUACCACAAGCACCAACUCCUCCUCGACUGACUCCUAAUCUCUUCUCCUUCUUGCACAAAAAUGGCUGAAUAUUUUCAAGCUAGAACAUAUUUCAUUGUCGUGUUUGUUAUAUGUGUUAGCCAUUUGAAGUCCGCCAUAGGAAAGCCAAGGUCCUCAUGGCCAAGUUUGCUCCCACCAAACCUCCAAACCCUCGAUCUUGCAAACAGGCUUCGUGACGACCCUGCUGCCAUAAACAUAGCCUCUAGCGAUCAAGGCAAUAUCGUUAAAGAGAUCCCAGCAGCUGUACUCUAUCCGUCUUCCAUCGAUGAUAUAGCAAGCUUAAUAAAGUUUGCUCACUUUAAUUCUGCACCAUUUCACAUAGCUGCAAGAGGACAGGGUCAUUCUGUCCGUGGACAGGCAAUGGCUCGUAAUGGGGUUGUGGUGGACAUGACAUCCUUUAGAAACCAGAAAAUUGGGUUUCAUGGAAUUAAGGUCUCAGCUGGAAACCACCCAUCAAUUGGAACUGAUGAUACAACACGGUAUGUUGACGUUGGAGGCGAGCAGCUUUGGAUAGAUGUUUUGAAUGCCACGCUUGAACAUGGACUUGCACCAGUUUCGUGGACAGAUUAUUUGUAUCUAACGGUUGGGGGGACGCUAUCAAAUGCAGGGAUUAGUGGGCAAACCUUUCGUCAUGGCCCUCAGAUCAGCAAUGUGUAUGAAAUGGAUGUUAUCACUGGGAAAGGAGAUGUUGUGACUUGCUCCCCUGAAAACAACAAGGAGCUGUUCUAUGCAGUUCUUGGAGGUUUAGGCCAAUUUGGAAUUGUAGCCAGAGCCAGAAUCAUCCUUGACUCCGCACCAAAGAGGGUUAAGUGGGUUCGAAUGCUUUACGACGACUUCUCUGCAUUUUCUGGAGACCAAGAACAUUUGAUUUCACUUAAUGGAAGGGAGCAUAAGAAUGCAGUUGAUUACUUGGAAGGUUUACUUCUCAUGAACCAUGGUCCUUUGGAUGGCUGGAGAUCUUCAUUCUUUCCAUUAGCUGAUCACUCCAGAAUUACUUCUCUGAUAACCAAACAUGGCAUCAUCUACUCUCUAGAAAUGGCCAAAUAUUACUAUGACGAUCCCACUAUUGAUGAUUCUGUCGAUGAGGAGCUGAAAGUUUUGUUCGAAACGUUGAGCUUUAUUCCGGGAUAUGCAUUUGAGAAAGAUGUCUCCUUUGUCGAUUUUUUGAGUAGAGCUGCGAGUCGAGAGCCAACGUCGACAGAGGUUCAUCCAUGGUUGAAUCUCUUUGUACCAAAAUCUCGUAUCUCAGAAUUCAAUUCUGGUGUUUUGAAGAACAUUGUUCUUAAACGAAACAUUACCACAGGACUUGUUCUUUUUUACCCCAUGAACAAAAGCAAGUGGGAUGACAGGAUGUCUGCAGUUACACCUGAUGAAGAUGUUUUCUACACCGUUGGAUUUCUGCAUAUAAGUGGGGUUGAUGAAUGGGAAGCCAUUGAUGUACAGAACCAAGACAUACUGCAGUAUUGUUAUAAUGCUGGUAUUGAUAUUAAGGAGUAUCUUCCCAGCUAUAAGAGAGAGAAAGAAUGGGAAAACCAUUUUGGCAUGAAGUGGGAAACUUUCCAGGAGAGAAAAGCUCGGUUUGAUCCAGAAAUGAUAAUGUCACCAGGACAGAGGAUUUUCAACAACAAUUGAAGCAGAAAUGGAUGUGAAUGGAGGGAUUAGAGGUCAAAAUUAAUAAGGUUGUCGAUUUGCUUCUCUGUACGUAGUAUAUAUGUUGAAGAUCAUGAAGUUUGAUUCUGGGUAGGAGUUAGCUGCAGCUAGUUAGCUAGAUCUAGUCUAGUUUGCUGAGGUCUAUGAAUAUUCUAGUUUCUACUACAGUUUUUAUUGUGUUUGGAUAUAAUAUCAGUCCCUCCAAGAGUUGUAAAGUUGUAGUUGUUUAAUUUCCUCUAUUUGUGUUGUUUUUCGAGUGUAGAAUUAGAAUUAUUUCCAGCUGUAGAACUGUUUGAACUCAAAAAUAAUAUAAAUGCACAUGUAGUUUAUCUUACGAGUAAUGCUA